GAGAAGACAAGCAUGACUUAAAAACAGACAUUUUUCAUCAAUUUCCACUAACUAAUUGUAAUUUAACUAUUUUAUUUUUUUUCCGCCUUGCAAUAAACAAAAAGAAAGCACGUUUCUUCUUCGUCGGCUCUCUUCCCCUCUGAAGUCUGAACCACCAAAAUCCUUGGCCUCCACAUCUAAUUUCCCCACUGACUUCGCAUUUUUCAGCUUCUGGGUACAACAAAGUCUGAUUUUUUCGCCGGAGAUCUUGUUGGAUUAUCGGAAAGUUCCUGCCUUUUUCUUUGUGCUCGCAGUUUUCCGGCGAUCUGGUCGGAUUUUGAAAUUUGCCUGCGACCCUGUACCAGUGACAGCAGUCAUAGCUCAUCGGCGAAGGAUCUUCUUCGGUCGGAAUUUAGGCCCCGGAGAAGAGAGAUGAGAGAUUUCCCUGGAACACCGGGGACUCCGACAGGUCUGGUCUUGAGGAUUUCCCAGUGUGUGUUUGCAGCUGGCUCGAUUUCUUACAUGGUCACUUCCGGUGGAUUCUUCAGCUAUACCGCUUUCUGCUACCUAAUUGCAGCAAUGGGUUUGCAAGUCAUUUGGAGCCUCGGCCUUGCACUGCUCGACACGUUCGCUUUACUGAGGAACAAAGCACUUCGCAGUGCUGUUCUGGUUAGCCUCUUUGUAGUUGGAGAUUGGGUUACGGCUACAUUGUCUCUAGCAGCAGCAUCCUCAGCAGGAGGCAUCACUGUCUUAUACUUCAGUGACUUGGGGCAUUGCAGUUUUGCAGAAGAGUGUUGGAGGUACCAACUCUCAGUGGCCUUAGCCUUCCUUUGUUGGAUCGCCAUUGCUACUUCUUCACUUACCACUCUCUGGUUACUUGCCUCUGGGUGAACAACAAGGAACUUUCUCUGUACUGUACAGUUCCAUGUAUUGUAUUGAAAGAAAGGGUAAAGAAAAAAUCGAAAUCUUGAUUCUUCACCGUGUUUAUAGAAAGGAUUACAGAAUCUAACUCAUGUUUAACCCUUCAAAUUCCGCACAAAGUUUUCACCUUUUUUUGGUCAUC